AUGAUCGACAUAGAUAAAAGUGUCAAACAGCUGGUCACAGAGGCCAAUUUGAGACUGGUCAGCCUUUUGGCCCCUCAUCAAGAUGUAGGGGAGUCAAUAGCGGGGAGUGCCACUGGUGGAGAGGUUCUCGAGCAGGACCCAAAUGUGUCACAACCCCCUCUGAGGAGGGCAACUGGAGUGACAAUCAGGGAACCCUCCAGCGCCCCGCGGACUGCUGCUCCCCCCACCCCAAUGGGAAAGGGAAAAAAGAAAGCCACCGAACCUCUCGAGCCCCUCGACGAAUCCUCGGAUGAAAACGACAUGGACUUCGAGAAUGUGUUCGACAUAUAUAGUGCCCCCGAGGCUCCCGAAGCUCCCUCGAGCAAGAGGCAUCCUGGGGAAAGCAGUAAAGUGCCUCAGGCCAAGAAAACCCGUACUGCAGGCCCUCUGGUAGACGGACCCUCAGCAAAUGUAACACCACCUCCUUCUCCUCUUGAGCAACAAACGCCCCCUGCUCAUGUUGGGUCGACACCUUCUCCACCGACCCCAACCGACCAGACUCAGCAGGCUGUUUCUACUUCCACGGGGGGCGACAUAUCGAGUCGCGCCUUGAGAUUGGUCAAAGACAGGGUGGCCAAAAUUUUGAAGCACGAACAUUGCCGAGAGGCAAUGCUGACCCUUAUUGCCGGCCGACUUCGCUCGGGUGCUGUCACUGAGCACUAUCGUCCUUCGUACAAUGUUUCCCUGGGAUCAAACAUACCCGUUAUCCACAGAGAAGACGACUCUGAUGGUGCAGUGGUCCUCCAAUGCAUGAAAUGGGGACUUAUUCCCAGUUUCACUAAGAAAACUGAGAAACCUGAUCACUAUAAGAUGUUUAAUGCUCGAUCUGAGUCCAUCAGUGAAAAGGCUUCUUCCCGUCAUCUUAUUCCUAAAAAUUGGUGCCUUGUUUCAGUAGAAGGAUUGAAACUGAAAGUUGAAACAACCUUAAAUCAUGUUGCCAACAGUAAAAACAUAGGAGAAACUGUAAUUGAAACCAGCUUUAAUCAUGUUGCCAACAGUAAAAUCAUAAAAGAAAUCAUAUUAAACAGAUUUAAAACUUGUUACACAGCAGUGAACACUUUUUGUGAAGCUGUAGGUCCUGGAUUUAUUUUUGAAAGACUUUACAAGAUACUGAAAGAGCACAAGAAUCCCAAGGUUCUUAGCGAGGGGCUACUGUGGAUGGUUUCAGCAGUGGAAGAUUUUGGCAUCUCACAUUUGAAACUUAAGGAUUUAAUUGAUUUUUGUAAAGAUACUGGACUGCAGUCAAGUGCAGCUGCUACUAGAAUUUUUUCUGUCAAGCUUUUGGGUGUUUUGCAUAAAUUUGUCGGCCCAGAUAUUAAAGGGUUUCUUUCUGAUGUUAAACCUGCACUUCUUAGUGCACUGGAUACGGAGUAUGAGAAGAAUCCAUUUGAGGGUGCAGCUCCAGCUCCAAAGAGAACUAUUAAAUCAGCAGAACCUACAUCUGCAUCUUCUGGUGGACUAGAUGGCCUGCCACAGGAAGAUAUUAGUGGGAAGAUUACACUUACCCUGCUUAAAGGCUUAGAAAGUGCUGAUUGGAAGGCUCGCUUGGAGUCAAUUGAAGCUGUGAAUAAAGUUUUGGAAGAGGCUAACAAGGGCGUCCAACCCAAUGGAACUGCUGAAUUGUUUGGUGCUCUACGGGUUCGUCUAGGUGACAGCAACAAAAAUUUAGUCAUGGCAACAUUGACAUGCAUUGGCAAUGUUGCAUGUGCAAUGGGUCCAGCUGUUGAGAAAGCAAGCAAGGGCAUUUUAGCGGAUGUUUUGAAAUGUUUCGGUGACAAUAAAAAGCAUAUGAGGGAAUGCACAUUGAAUACUUUAGAUUCUUGGCUCUCUGCUGUUCAUCUUGAUAAAAUGGUUCCUUACAUUACAGCAGCUUGGACAGAUGCAAAACUUGGUGCGGAAGGGCGCAAAGAUCUUUUUGAGUGGUUGUCAAAACAACUAUCUGGGUUAACUGAAUUUCCUGAUGCUGUACAGCUACUAAAGCCAGCUUCCUCUGCUCUGACGGAUAAAUCAUCAGAUGUUCGUAAAGCAGCAGAGACAUGCAUUGCUGAAAUCUUGAGAGUUUGUACACAAGAAACUGUUGAGAAGCUUGUUAGGGAUGUUCAGGGACCAGCUUUAGCUCUUGUUCAUGACGUUUGAAGCAUUAUGGUAAUUUUCAAGAAUCUUUUGAAUCUGCCAAAACAAUUUCGGCCGCUGCAAGACCCUUUCGAAAGUGGGUAAAUCCACUUCUAAUGGUGUUUUGAAGCAUGGAAGCAAAGUAGCAUCUUCUAGAACUGUUGGUACGAAGGCUUUGAGGUCAGAAUCAAUUAUGUCCGUUCAAGAUAUAGCAGUUCAAUCGCAGGCUUUACUAAAUGUUAAAGAUUCCAAUGAGGAGGAUAGGGAAAGAUUGGUAGUAAGGAGGUUUAAGUUUGAAGAUCCACGGAUAGAACAAAUUCAAGACCUUGAGAAUGAUUUGAUGAAGUACUUCACAGAGGAUUUGCAUAGACGGCUUCUAAGCACAAAUUUUAAGAAGCAAAUUGAUGGGCUUGAGAUGCUGCAAAAGGAUGGCUAUGCUAUACAAAGCUUUAAGCUAGGAAUGGCUGCACAAAAGAGUCAAUUUUUUUUCAACACAUAAAUUUUGCAUUUGACAUCGUGCAUUAGUUUCAAUCGCAGCCCAAACUCUGCAAGAUUUCAGUCAAGUGUAUUUGGCUCUGCUGUUCCAAGAGGAUCAUCUGUUUUACAGUUUUGGUCGGAUUCUCUUUGAAAGAAGAAUAGAUUCUCUUUGAAAGAAGAAUGGUAAAGGACUCUUGUUGUAAACAAUUUUACUGGAGAGUUCCUUGAUCUCACUAGUCUCACCAAGUUAAAAGAACUAAGGAUCAGUAGUAACUACUUCACAGGAAGGAUGCCUGAGUUUGGCAAUUUGAAACAACUUCAGAAGUUGAUGAUUCUGAGGUUUGCUAUCAGUUUUCCUCUGGAAUAAAGUCUCGAGCAUUGGGUAUGAUUCGCUUUCAUGUACUUUCUGUACUCAAAAGUGCGUCUUCUCAGGUUCAGUCAGCAAUUCGGAGCAAUAGUAGCAGCAAGGCAUUUCUUGCUGAGGGUGUAUUCUUGGUUGGAU